CAGCAGGGGGGAGCGACAGCGGCGUUGGCGGCAGCGAGAGCGCGACAGCGUGGGGCGCGGGACCGGCAUGACUCGCAGGCGGAAUAAGGCGGUAGGCGCGGCUGGGGCGCGACGGGAGCGCGCGGGGGGAGCAGCCCCCCCCGAACCGCCCGCGCCCCCCGCCGGGCCCGGCCUUCCAGAGAUUCCCGAGGCGGCGGCGGCGAGCAGCGCGGAGCAGGGCAGAGCCUCACAGGUGCUCCCUACUUCCAAUCAGUCAGUGCAGACGUGCUGCUUGCUGUGCCACCGGGAGCGUAAAGAUUGGGGAGGCCCAUCCCACAAUGGCUUGGUAUCCCCAGGUGAGCGGCUGCCCCCAGACUUCGUACCGACGCUGGUGCAGAACCUGUUGGGAGAGAUGCCACUGUGGAUCUGCCAGAGUUGCAGGCAGAGUGUAGAAGAGGAAGAAAGGAGGGCAGUCCAGGAGCAGGCACUGGCGGUCUCACUGUCGCAUACAGCCUGCAAGUCACAGUCCUGCGGGGCAGGCUCCCAUUCCUCUUCGUCCUCAUCAUCUUCAUCCUCGUGCCACGGGAACUCAGGAGACUGGGACCCCAGCUCCUUCCUGUCUGCGCACAAGCUUUCGGGCCUCUGGAACUCCCAGCAUGCCAAUGGGGCUGCUCAAGGGAGCUCCCUUGGGGGAACACCUGUUGUACCAGGUGACAAGCACCCCGGCCUCCCUCCAGAGUGUGCCAACCAGGCCCCUGCUGUGGGAGGCGGGCUCAAAGCCUGUCCCUACAGCCACGUGCUCUCCCCAGCUCCCAGCGGCUCCCCAGGCUCACCUCUGCCUACCUCACUCGACUUCUGCAAAACGCUUCCCAAGCAGUUCAAGAGCAUGUGCCGGAGACCCACCCCGCCAGGAGAGGCCUUCCACUCCUCGGAGCACCACCGGCACGUGGACCUCACCGCUCCUCCCAACAGCCCCACAGGCCUCCCCUCACAGCCACCGGCACUCCUCCCAACAAAGCAGAUGCCCGCCCACCCUGGGCCCUUUGGCUCUCCCCCUCACGUCCACCUGAGCUCCUCACCGCAGGCGGCCCCAUUCCCUGCACCAGCCCUCAGUCCUCACAUACCAGCCCCCAAGUCAGGAGCAGACUCCCCUCCGACUGGAUCCUGUAAGAGCCCACACUUGCCCACUGCCAAUGUGCCACUGCUGAAGAUCCCUCCUCCUGUUGGAUGCACUCAUCCAUGCAAUGGCCAUUGCAGCGGCUCCUUGGGUCCUCCUCCGGCUUCUCAUCAGCUGCCCAGCACCAACAGGGACCCUGCCUGCAAAGGCCACAAGUUCCCCAAUGGUACAAGCUGCCAUGCACCACAGUCCUGCGAGGCAGAUGAGGGGCUGGGCGAGGAUGAGGACAGCAGCUCUGAACGCAGCUCCUGCACCUCCUCCUCUACCACCCAGAAAGAUGGGAAAUUCUGUGACUGCUGCUACUGUGAGUUCUUUGGCCACAACGCGCCUCCAGCUGCCCCAACAAGCCGGAACUACGCUGAGAUCCGGGAGAAGCUGCGCUCUCGGCUGACCAAGAGAAAAGAAGAGCUUCCUCAAAAGCUGGGGCAUAGCAGCAGCUCAGGCGAGCCAGCUGUAGAUCACCGGGAUGUGGAUGAGCUGCUGGACUACAUCAACAGCACUGAGCCGAAGCCUUUGAACAGUGCCAAGGCUGCCAAGCGUGCACGCCACAAGCAGAAGAAGAAGGAGAAGGAGAAGGCACAACUGGAGGCCGAGGCCCAGAAGCGAGUGGACCGAACUCCACCCAUGGGUCAGGACCAGGAGCUGGCUGAGGAGAAGCUCCUGGAAUGGCCCCAGCUUGAACUGGAGCGGGUGAACAGCUUCCUGAGCAGCCGGCUGCAGGAGAUCAAGAACACCAUCAAGGAUUCCAUCCGUGCCAGCUUUAGCGUCUAUGACCUCAAUCUCGACGUGAACGACUUCCCCAAGAAGGCGGCUGUGCUGGAACAGAAGAAUCUCCUCUCCCAUCUCAAUGGCUCCUCCGAGCUGCAAGAGAUUGACCUUGACCUGUCCCCACUCAGCCUGGGCACACCACAUAACCAUACGUUGUUGCGGAGUGAGGUGGGCCCCCGAUGGGCGGAGGGCUCUGGAGAGGUGCCCCCGCCCCCAUUGCCUGCUUCUGAAAAUGGCGUGGUGAAGCGGCUCAACGCUGUGCCCAACCUCUCCCGCGUCAUUUGGGUGCAGUCCCCCAAGCCAACAGACUCUUCCCAGGAGAGUGGGGCUGGCCACGAGUCCAAGGACCCAGCGGCUGGCAGGGGAGUGGAGCUGCAAGAGCCUGUCCCUGCCACUGGAAAGCAGCGAAAGGGCAAGCGGCAGGGCUGCCCGACCAAGAAGGGGGAGGCUGUCACAGCUAGUGACAACGCUGGCUCCAAGGGGGUGGGGCAGAAGAAUCCCCCCAAGAGGGGCCCGGCUCCCGAAGCUCCGAGAGGAAGCGGCAGCAAUGCAGAGCAAGGCGAUGGUGCCAGAGGGCUGCGGCAGGGCCAAGGCUGGGGUUGCAGCAGCUCUAAGGCUGACAAAGAGAAGAGCAUCGAUGGGAAGAGUCGGAGAGGCGAGGGCAGAGCUGAUCAGGCAGAGCAAGAGCCUGCUCUUUUGGGGACUGGGGAUCGGCAUCUGCCUCACACAGCCACGCUAGACGACUUGCCCCAGCCCAAGGGCAAAGGCAAGAAGAGUAGGAACAAAAUGGAGAAAGCAAGCCUUUCCAUUGAUGAUGUGUUCCUGCCUAAAGACUUGGACAGUGUGGAAAUGGAUGAGACUGACAGAGAAGUGGAGUACUUCAAGAGGUUUUGCCUGGACUCAGCUAAGCAGACCCGACAGAAAGUGGCUGUGAACUGGACCAAUUUCACCCUGAAGAAAACCACUUCGAGUGCAGCUCAGUGAGGUGUGCGGUGCACCCCUGGUAUAUGUGCAGGGCCCCACACUUUGCCUCCCCGCCCCCAAACCCAUAGACAGACAAUUGACCUCACCUGUCCUCGACCUUCCUCCUUUCCCCUCUCUGUGGGGCUCCCAUUCCUAGCCUAUAGGUGGGGCUGGGACAGCCCCUGUGUCCCUCACCUCUCAGUGUUUGACGUUCGGGGAGAUGCUGACUGAGCCGCCCCAAACCUAGGGGCAGUCUUGAUUGGCCAAGGGCCAGCGUGGCACAGGGACCAGGCUGCACCCAAUAAAGGACUUUUUAAUUUUUUAUUUUA